UCGAGCCCAACUCGAAUAACUCGUAAAAAGUUCGGACUUCGGAGUGGGUCGUGUCGCUUUUUUCUCUUUCCCUCUCAAAUCGUCUCGAGUCUGAGAGAGUCUGUAGUCUUGACUCUGCAGACUCUGAGAGUUUGUGAGGUACGCUUCUCUUCUCUGCUGUCACUUCAUCUCUUCUGUCGUCUUUGGAAGACUAGAAAAGAGCCGUUGGCAUUGUUGCUUGAUUCCAUCAUGAUUCUAAAGUUUUAGGUUUUUUUUUUUUUUUUCUUUUUUUUUUCUGGGAUAGUUUCUGGUUCUUGAGUUUAUUUCACCGCUCGCGAAGUCCGGGACUCAGGCAAGAACUUAACGUUAUUCAAGCCCUAAGAACUCACCAGCAUGGGUCUCUUCAAGUUGAGCGGAAACAUUGGGAACUUACGGUCAGAUUAUACGCAUGAUCCAACUAUAGCUAGAAAUCGUAAGAGAAGGCGCCUAAAUUCUGGUGGGUUUAAGCCCGAUUCUUUCAUUGGCAAUCGGGAAGAAGCCUUGCAUUCAGACCCUGAGGAUCAAAUUCCGAUAGAUGAUACUGAGGAUCAAGUGGAUGGCGACUACAAGAUCUUCCUGAAAAUUCUAGGUGUGGACUCUGAUGCAGAAUCUACGGAGAAUGACGUGGAUCCUGAUUAUAAAAUGUUCAUGGACAAUUUGAAAGAAGAUGGAAAAUCUUUUAUAUAUGAAAGAAUGAAAAAAAAUGGUAAAUUUGUUGCAAUAAGGUAUGCGGAGGAGGAUGAUUUGAGUGAUAAGAAAAAAAUAGAAGGCCAGAGUUCAGGAGAUCAUUUUCCAAGCGGUGAAGGAAAGGAUUCUAUGUUGGAAGAAGAUUUGAAAUUGGAACCAUUAACUCCUUGUGGGGAAGAUAGCUGUGCGAUUAAGAAAUAUUGUCCCGUGGGUUUUUAUACUCCGUUCCCUGAUUCCAAGAAUGAAACAAAAAUUUCCACGGUGGAUGAAAGCUAUUCUAUGUUCCUAAAAAAUGUCAAAGUGGACGGUUAUUCAAUGAUUCUGGUGGAUGAAGAUGGUAACACUGUGAAAUAUGAAGAUGACUAUCCAAGCCCAACUAAAUCAGAAUCACUAGGAGCAGAAAGUCCUUUGGAUUGUAGUGCACAAGAUUUAAAUUCAUCCAUGGAUGAAAGUGACUGUAGUUGCAUUGAGAGUCAGAUGGCGAGAAAUCUCUCUGAAUACAGGGACAACCUUAUUGCUGUCCUUAGGAAGCCUUAUAGUUGGACAGAAUACGAAAAAUUGUUGAGUGAUGCAACUAAUCAAAAGCAGGUUGAGCGGCAUAGAGACUUGCGUGGAGGGUUAAAAAUUUAUCAAACGGAGCAAACUGGUGCAUCAUAUGUGGAUUACUUCCCCGAAUUUAUCGCAUGAAGGAGCAUUUAAGCCAUGGUCAGACCCCUCUAUUUUGGAUAUAUUGCCGGGAGAUGAUGAAUAGAGCCUGGUAACAAGCAAUUCAGAUUACACUGGCCCACAGAUGAGAAGUUGAAUGAUUAUCUUGUCAAAAUCCUUCAUAUUCUACACACCCAGACGCAUGCACUAUUUGCUGAUUAUGCCAAAUCGUAGUUUAGACCAAUUGCUUCACUCUCAGAUUACCACCGGCUGGAACUUUUUAAAGUCUUCGUUUUUAUGGCAAUUGCUUCAUGGUUCACUCUCAACUCUCAGAUUACACGGUUGUAUCCAAAAUCCAGAUUUUUUUUUUUUUUUUUUUUUACUUAUACAGCCUGAGCAGCUGGUAGUGUAACACAACAUAUCUGCUGGCUUGGUGUAAAGUGAAAUUUUAUCAUCAUCAAUGAUAUAAUGUCACAACCUGUCAUGCUUGUUCGUUUUCCUUCUAAAAUGUAUCACUUACUGUACAUCUGGAAUUGGGUUCUCAUUGUCCUUAAAUAAUACACGGGGUUUUCCCAUGCUGAAAUUUAGAACUCUA